CUGAGUGUAAAAUACGCGGAAGCUGCAGGCGGAAGGAGCCUCGACGGAAGCGGUCUGGUCUGUCAACGGAGGAAAAAAAUUGCAGAAUUUGACACAAAGAGGUUUAUCCCUACCGAACAGCACCGGCCAUUCUUCCCCCUUCUCCUCGACACCGGCGUCUGCUGCGAUGAUCCUGUUAGAAAUCAAUAACCGUAUUAUAGAAGAGACGCUGACGCUCAAGUUCGACGGCGCUUCCAAUGGAACCAAACCAGAGGCCGUCGAUGUGACGUUUGCAGAUUUCGAUGGCGUCUUGUACCACAUCUCCAACCCCAACGGGGACAAGACCAAAGUGAUGGUCAGCAUCUCGCUGAAGUUCUACAAGGAGCUGCAGGAGCACGGAGCUGACGAGCUGCUCAAGAGGGUUUAUGGGAAUUUCCUGGUUUCACCGGAGGCUGGUUACAACGUGUCCCUCCUGUACGACCUGGACGCUCUACCAGCCAAUAAGGAUGAGGUUGUCCACCAGGCGGGGAUGCUCAAGAGGAACUGCUUCGCCUCUGUGUUUGAAAAGUACUUCAAGUUUCAGGAGGAGGGCAAAGAGGGCGAGAAGAGGGCUGUGGUCCACUACAGAGACGAUGAGUCCAUGUAUGUGGAGGCCAAGAAAGACAGAGUGACGGUGGUGUUCAGCACAGUGUUCAAAGACGACGACGAUGUCAUCAUCGGCAAAGUCUUCAUGCAGGAGUUUAAAGAGGGCCGGAGAGCGAGUCACACAGCUCCCCAGGUGCUGUUCAGCCACAGGGAGCCUCCUCUGGAGCUGAAGGACACAGACGCAGCCGUCGGGGACAACAUUGGAUACAUCACCUUUGUUCUGUUCCCACGUCACACCAAUGCCAAUGCUAGAGACAACACCAUCAACCUCAUCCACACCUUCAGGGACUACCUGCACUACCACAUAAAGUGCUCUAAGGCCUACAUUCACACACGUAUGAGGGCCAAGACGUCAGACUUCCUCAAGGUGCUGAAUCGCGCUCGACCCGACGCCGAGAAGAAGGAGAUGAAGACCAUCUCCGGAAAGACCUUCUCCCGCUGAGGCCGACCUCCACCUGACAAAUCCAGGCCCCCGUGGACACGCCCAAUGAGACUCAACGCCACACCGGACAGGACUCCAGGACGCCUCUAAACGCCCCCCCUCGCCCGCCCAGCCUCCCCAAAACGUGUCCA